AUGGAUCUGAAGGACCGCAGGCACCGCUCCCUGACCAGGGGUCGCUGCACCAAAGACUCUCAGUACAACAUGUCCUCCCUGGACACAGACGAGUGCCGUGUGCCUACCCAGAAGUCCUACAGCUCCAGCGAGACGCUCAAGGCCUUCGACCACGAGCAGAGGCUGCAUUACGGCGGCUGUGUGACUGACCUGGUUCACCACGAGGCCGAUGAGUACUCGAGGCAAGGGGGGAACUUCACCCUGGCAGAGCUGGGAGUGUGCGAGCCGACUCCCCCUCCUCACCCUGCUGCCGUUCCCUACUGUCCCGACCUGGGCCUCCUCCAGAGGGGGUACUCCCUCAGCGCCGGCUCCGAUGCCGACUCGGACCCUGAGGGGCCGCUGACUCCAGAGAGAGCCAUCCAGCUGUGGGCCGGAAGAGGGAGAGUAAAAUCCCGCCGCAGCUCAGGAGUGUCCAGCCGCGAGAAUUCUGCCCUCACCCUCACCGACUCAGACAACGAUAACAAGUCUGACGAUGAAUCAGCUUACCUAGAUGAUGAUGAGGAUGAGGAUCCAUUUGGAGACUAUGUAAUCAGUUGA